ACUAUAUCUUAUACGCAGAGACAGAGCAGAGCAGAGAGCGCGUAAGAGUAGGAGUAGGAGCACGUAAGACAGAGCAGAGAAGAUUGUUUCAAAUUUCAAUGCAAAGGGCGUUGCAAUCGAUCAACGAUCUACAGUUGCGGGACCCACCAAACUACCAACUACAGCUCCAGUGGCAGCGCCGCACUCGUCUUGUCUCAAACAAAUGCAACAAGCGGUUAUUCUUAUAGUUAUUGAGGAGGAGUAGUACUUAUAAGAGGAAGCAGAUUUGAUUCUGAUUCUAAUUUAUUUGAUUCUUUAUUAUUUAUAAAUUGAAAAGAAAGUCACGCUGGCGGUGAAGAACGUUUCUGCGGCGGCCGAGGAGGAGGAACACAUGACGCUGAUUUCCGAUGUUGAGAACCUUGCGGAUGCCGAAAUCCCCGACACCGCACAUCAAAUUAGCACCGUGUUGUUGGUGUGGCAGAUUCAUGGUUUCAAGUGGGGUUCGUGCUGACGACGGGAAUCAACAGCGCGUAUGUGCUUGGAUAUUCUGGGACCAUCAUGGUUCCCCUGGGUUGGGCAGGGGGUGUGGUUGGUUUGAUUCUCGCCACUGCAAUAUCGCUCUACGCGAAUGCUCUUAUUGCUAGGCUCCAUGAAUAUGGAGGAACAAGGCAUAUUCGAUACAGAGAUCUUGCUGGAUUUAUCUAUGGUAGAAAAGCUUAUUCCCUCACAUGGGCUCUGCAGUAUGUCAAUCUUUUCAUGAUAAAUGCCGGCUACAUCAUUUUGGCUGGUUCGGCUUUAAAGGCUGCUUAUGUUCUAUUUAGGGAAGACGAUGGGAUGAAGCUUCCGUAUUGUAUUGCCAUAGCUGGAUUUGUGUGUGCAAUGUUUGCCAUAUGUAUUCCACAUCUAUCGGCUCUUGGAAUUUGGCUGGGAUUUUCAACAGUCUUCAGCCUAGUAUAUAUUGUUAUAGCAUUUGUACUGUCAAUUAACGAUGGUAUAAAAUCACCACCUGGUGAUUAUAGUAUUCCGGGGACAUCAACAAGUAAAAUAUUCACAACAAUUGGGGCGUCUGCUAAUCUUGUGUUUGCAUAUAAUACAGGAAUGCUUCCUGAGAUACAGGCAACAAUCAGGCAACCAGUAGUCAAGAAUAUGAUGAAAGCCCUGUAUUUUCAGUUUACUGUUGGAGUUCUGCCAUUAUAUCUGGUAACCUUUGCAGGAUACUGGGCUUAUGGAUCUUCAACAGCAACCUAUUUGAUGAGUGAUGUGAAUGGUCCAGUUUGGGCUAAGGCCAUGGCCAAUAUUGCAGCCUUUCUUCAAUCAGUCAUUGCAUUGCAUAUAUUUGCAAGUCCAAUGUAUGAGUAUUUGGAUACCAAAUAUGGGAUCAAAGGGAGUGCCCUGGCUUUCAAGAACUUGUCAUUUCGAGUCUUGGUAAGAGGUGGCUACCUGACUGUAAACACAUUUGUAUCAGCUCUGUUGCCAUUUCUUGGAGAUUUCAUGAGCCUCACUGGAGCUAUCAGCACAUUUCCCCUCACAUUUAUCCUUGCAAACCAUAUGUACCUAGUGACAAAUGAGAACAAACUAACAUCCACCCAAAAGCUCUGGCAUUGGAUCAAUAUUUGUUUCUUUGCCCUCAUGUCUGCUGCGGCGGCUAUUGCAGCCCUGCGACUUAUUGAUUUAGACUCCAAAACGUACCAUGUUUUUGCGGAUUUAUGAUUAAAUGCAUUAUAUUCUUUCAGUAA